AUGGAGAUAUACCUUGUCACCGGCAACAAACACAAAAGACUGGAGUUCCAGCGGCACAUGAAUGGCGAGCUCGAUUUUCACUUCGCCGACAUUGACUUGAUCGAAAUGCAGUCCAACGACAUCGUCAAGAUAAACGAGCACAAGGCAAAGAGUGCUCAUGAGAUUCUCAGCACUAAUGCCUCGGGGGAGAGUCAAGCCACACGGAAGCUAGUCAUCACAGACGACACAGGACUGUAUAUGGAUUGCCUGGGUUCCUUUCCCGGUCCAUAUAUCAAAUGGAUGCAUAAGAGUUUGGGCUCGCAGGGAAUCGUGGACGUGGCGAUGAAGCUCCAGAAUGACAAGUGCCAUGCCAUUUGCGUGUAUUCCGUGUACGACGGGAAGGAGUUGCACUCCUUCGAGGGCGUCACCCAGGGAAGGAUUGCCGGUCCCCGAGGGUCGACUGACUUUGGCUGGGACAAUAUCUUUUCCCCUGAGGACUGCAGCAAAACGUUCAGCGAAAUGACAUUCGAUGAGAAGAAGGUAUCCUCCCCACGUUUCAGGGCCUUCCUGCAGCUGAAGCGGAACGUAAUGCUGCUUACGGUGGAUGAGGACCCGGAGGAGCUGAAGAAGGAGGCCAACGCCAAAUGGGCGAAGGGCGAUGCGGAGGAGGCGAACGCCCUUUGGAGACAGGCACUGAAGGAAUGCAUUAAAUACUCCAUGAGGGGAUUCCCGACGAAGAAGAACACAGACAUGCAACUUAGCUUGCGCCUGAACAUAUCCCUUUACCACUUCAAAAAAGGCGAAUUCCAUGAGUGCAUUAACCAGUGCGACAUCAUUUUGGAGGGCGUGACUGACCUGGACGGAGUGCUUAGUCGCUACGAGGUGGACGCUAAGGAGGCGGAGGAGGCACCCGCAACGAUCACAACGAAUACGAAGCAGGAGGAAGACACACUCGCAAAGGCGCGCGAAGACGGCACGUGCAUGCUCAGCAGAGAUACAUUGGUGAAGCUUUUUCUCCGCAGGGCGCAUUCCUAUCUGAUGCUGCAGGAGUUCGACAAAUGCAGAGAGAAUCUGCAGAUGGUCAAACGAAUCGACAAGGGGAAUGCAGAGGUGAUAAGUUUAGAAAGGAAGGAACAAGUGGAGCGAGCCGAUUAUCAAAAAAUGCAGAAGCAGUUGUACAGGCGAAUGUGCAAUCCGAGUGGUGCGUUGCAUGGGUCCGAGGAGAAGGGAUGA